CGUGAUUGAUUUUUGUACGUGCCGUACGAGUUUUCGAGGUUCGAACCUCCCAAAGAUUGGAGGUAUGGAUCGUAUCGUACUAUCGUAUGGUAGCAUCAAGACUGAGAUGACUUUGAGGUUGAUCGAUUGAUGAUUGAUUCAUUCAUUCACGAAUGGAGCAACCCCGUAGGCUUGUUAUUUCACAGAGCCACCCAUUCUUCCGACAGACCGAAAAAACAAAAAACGAUCUCUCAAAACUCUUCAUAAUCUUCAUAACGAAUCAAGCUUUUCGAGUUUUCUCCGUCGACACCGCAGAUGCGCAGAUACCAACCGUAGCAAAAACAUACCCCAAGAACAAAGAUUUGGUACCGUCGUUGACAAAACACAAACUGGAACUCAUCUUUCACAUAGAAGCAGCAACAGUGGCAUCAGUAGAAUCAGGAACAACGGAAUUCAUCAUGGGAUCUAAAAAAGAAAAAAAAGAGAAAAAGGAAAAGAAGGAGAAGAAAGAAAAGAAAGACAAGAAGGAAAAGAAGGCCAAGAAGCAAAAGAUCGACCACGGCGAGGGCGACGACGACGGCAUUGUCGGUGGUUUGCCUCCUUCCUUUUACGAGGAAACGAAGAGCCAACCGACGGAGGACGGCGGCGCAAACCCACCCGAGCCGGCUUCCGGAGAGGCCGACCCUCCUUCGGGAGACACCGAAGCGACCCGGACCGAUCCGGAAGGCGCCCCCGCCAAGAGGAAACGAAAGCGGAAGCGAAAGCGCAAGGCCGAGGCGGCGGGAGAGGAGCCGGACGACGCCGCCGCCGCCGCGGGAAACACACCCGGCGACGACGCCAUGGUCCAGGACACGGUCUUUGUCGAGGGGAUCCCCUUUGACGCCACGCCCGAGACCGUCCGCGGGUUUUUCGUCGGCGCCGAAGGGAUCUCCGAAAGCGACGUCCUCGAGCUCCGGCUCCCGACCUGGCAGGACACGGGCCGGCUGAGGGGCUUUGGGCACGUGCGGUUCGCCACGACCGAGUCGUACGAGGCCGCCCUGGGGCUCUCCGGAAAAUACCUCGGGAAGCGCUACCUGUCGAUCCAGGCCGCGAGGGACCGGUCCGGCGGCGCAAGCACGAGCGGGAACCGCAGCGGCCGGUCGGUGGAGGGGGACCUUUCCUGCCCCGAGGGCUGCCGGACGGUCUACCUGAACAACCUUCCCUACGGGGCGACCGAGUCGGGCAUCGCCGAGGCCGUCAACGGCCACGCCGGGGCCGGCGGGGGGGUCACGGAGGAGAGCGUCCGGAUCGCCCGCAACUCGGUGACCCGCCAGUCCAAGGGCUUUUGCUACGUCGACUUUGGGACCUCCGGGGACGCCCAAACGUUCGUGGCGUCGGCCGCCAAGAAAAACCUGGUCGUCGGGGGCCGGAUCGUCCGGCUGGACUACGACACGGGCCGGGCCAGGGGGUCCUUCCGGACCGAGUCGGGCCGGCUGCUGCAGAAGCACUUUUCCGACUAGCGAAAGUGCACGGGCGGGAAAGGCACCCUUUCGGAUGCCAUGCCGUGCCAUGCCGUGCCGUGCCUGCCCGUCGAGGGAAAGGGCGACUCCUUCGCACGAUCCAAACGGCGACACGCCGCUGCCGGUUGCAAUGCCGGAGCGGAGCCCCCGGCCCGGUGCCCUCCGAUCGUGCGGCAAAGCCCUUUCGAGCAGACAAGCAUAGGUAGGAACGGUACCUUUUUAACGACUACAAUAUUUCGAUGCCCCCCGUCUUUCGAACAUCCGUCGCAGUAAAACCCGAUCUAUGCU